AUACAAGUGUUCUUUGAUUAUGACGUUGAUCAUUCUUUGACAAAUGACGUAAAUUCGAUAUAGAAUUUUGUUUACAAUUUACAUAUUAUGUUUACCAUUUACUUAUGAUAAAGGAAUGAAAUUUAGAUUUUUUUAUUAAAAAAACCCCCAGUUGAAUCGAUUUUAGGUAUAUUAAAGAUUUCAUAUUGAAUACAAAAUGUAUAUUUUUUAUUAAUGAACUGUUAUAGAAACAUAGGUGAUUGAAGUAAUAAGGCCGUUAGUCAUAAGACAUUAACAUGUCUGUAAUAGUGGUUGCUGUUGCCUCAGAGAGUGGUGUUCCAAUAUUUUCAAGAAAACGCGGUAGUAAUGAAAAUAUUCAAUUUUCUACUAUAGCGUCACUUCAUGGGAUAAAUAUGUUCACAAAAUGUCACAACCUCUCUUUAAUUAAUACACACCUUGAUAAUGGAACAAUAAUUUGGAAGGAAUAUUGUAAAAGUAUUACUUUAAUAGGAAUAGCUACGGGUGGACUACAAUGUGACCUUGAAAAUCUAUUGGCCUGUAUACAUGAUGUAAUGAUAUUUUGUAUUGGCAAAAAAGAGUUGGAAAAUUUAAAAAAUGUUGACCAAAUCAAAAGAGACUUGAGGCAGUGUUAUCCAAUUCUAGAUUACUUGUUGGAAUCUUUAGAUCCAAAUUCAUUGCCACAGUCCACAAUCAUCCUAGAUUAUAUUCAAAGUCUUCUUUGUCCUCAGGCUCAACAGUUGCAGGAAGUUUUGGACAACUAUGCGCAGACUGUAACAGGAAGGUGGGCUUGUCUUAGCAUUCACGGUCAUUUGGUUGCCACAAGUUCUGACUUCUCUGAGUUAGAUGCAAGAGAAGCCAAAUUACUCUUAUUAUUAGCAGCGGCUCAAGAUGGAGCCCCAUUAAGAGAUACCUUGGUGUAUUUGCCACAAAUGAGUCCAAAUGUAGCAUUCCGGGCUGUAACAUGCAAACUUUUAGCAGAUGUCUAUGUGCUAGUUAUCUGUGGAGCGACUCCUCCGCUGUCAGAAAUAGAUGAAAUAGUCCUUCGAUGUUGGGAAGGGUAUGCACAAACUAUAAAGGAGGCAAAACUGACCUAUCCCAGGAACUUUCCUACCAGUUUCACAUUUGAUCCAGCUUUGCUAGGUGUAUUAGUGAUAAACGUUACUAAGAGACGCUGCGUAUUUUCACGUCAUUUACAUGGAUCUAAUCAGAAGAGCCGAAGCAUGUCAAAUGUCCACAGGAUUGAUAUACUAAGAACAUUUUUUGUAACAUCGGUAAAAGAUUUAGUACCAGAAUUCAGAAGUAAUGAGAGUGAAGAAACAGAUGUCUGCCAAAGUAUUUUAAGCGAAACAUUCUGGUGUUCUGAAUACCACAAAUGUCAUAUGCAGAGGUCUGGAAAUAUAUUAUGUUGCGGGCUUUAUUCCCCGACUGUUCCUACACACACUAUGAGGUUGAUGACAAGUAAUUUGCUACAGGAUUUGCUCUCAAACAAAGAAAUCUAUUGGUAAUAUAAUCUUAUAAGAUAACAAACGCUGUUCCGUCCAUGUUUUCUAUGCAUUUGAAAUAAAAGAUUUAUCCGUGGUA